GUUGACGAUUUAUCUGACAGUCAGUUUCAAACGGGGGAAAUUAUUUUAAUUCGGUUCUUUUUUGGUUUAUAAUAAUUAUAUUGUGCAUGAAAUAAAUUGUAAUUAAUGUUAUUUAAUGCAACAUCACAAUUGAAAUCUUUCAUAAAGUUAUUAACAAAAGGUAACAAAAUUCGCCCUUACACAAUGGCUAUGGACACAGACAGUGAUAACAGUUGGAGAGGUGUUCCUUUGACGGAGUUAUAUGGUUCACAAUCGCCGUGGGGCGCUCCUGAAUUCCCGCUAGUUUCGCCGUCAUACAACCAUGCAGUUUUGUAUCAUGUGCCUAGUAGUGGAUGCGUUGCGGCUGAUAGGCCUCCGAAGCCGCAGAUCGGGCAGGACAAAUGGGACUCUGAGCACGUGAGGAUGCCCUUCUCGAGCCACAGUUUAUAUCCUGUCGAAAAUGAGAAUGGUGAGACACGUUUGAAGAAGCGUUGGGAAAUAAUAGAGAAUGCUCUAUCUAAGCCAAUACGGAACAGUCAAGACUUGGCCAAUGCAAUACUGAGCUAUAAUACUAAGUUCAGGAAUAGUUGGAAAUUCAGAGGCUUGCAUAAACUCUUUAAUGAGUAUGUGGAAGAAGAAGAAGCGCAGUAUUUCUUUGAUGUAACUCUGCCUGAGAUUGCUAAACUUGCUUUAGCUCUACCAAAACUAGUUCAAGCACCUAUACCAUUGUUGAAGCAACACAAGAAUCGUUCAGUAUCUCUCUCACAGCAACAGAUAGCAAGUCUUCUGGCCAAUGCCUUCUUCUGCACGUUUCCUAGAAGAAAUUCCACUAAGAAAACAUCAGAAUAUGCCUCAUAUCCCUUCAUUAAUUUUAACACAUACAGAUUUUACGAGAUAACGGAUUCAGACUCAAACAUGGAGAAACUGAAAUGCAUCUGCCAUUACUUCAGAAGAGUGGUUACUAAAGUACCUGUCGGGACGAUGACGUUCACGCGCCGCUCGGUGCGGGAGCUGCCCGUCUGGCACAGCAGUCACCGGCUGCUGGGGUCCUUGCCUCUACAUGUAGACCCCAAGCAUACUAUUGAAGAUGCCGAGUCUUUGAUACAAGUGGACUUUGCUAAUAAGUAUCUUGGUGGUGGUGUACUAGGUCACGGAUGUGUUCAAGAGGAGAUCCGCUUCGUCAUAUGUCCUGAGCUGAUGAUAUCUAUGCUGUUCACUGAAGUUCUCAGGCCUAAUGAAGCUCUUAUGAUGAUUGGUUGCGAGCGCUACAGCCGCUACACAGGCUACGGACACACGUUCCAAUUCGCGGGCGACGCUUGUGACGCCACUCCGCGCGACUCGUCCGCGCGGCGCCGCUGCGCCGUGCUCGCGAUAGACGCCGUGCCCUACGCUGCGAGGCUGCACGAGUUCCGCAGGGACGCGGUCACUAGGGAGCUUAAUAAGGCAUGGGUGGGCUUCUCAUUCGACACGGACCCUACUUCAGAAGGCCUACAAUACCCCGGCGUGGCGACUGGGAACUGGGGCUGCGGGGCCUUCGGCGGCACCCCGCACCUCAAGAGCCUGCUGCAGCUCAUGGCCUGUGCUCAGGCGAGGAGGCCUAUGGCGUACUUCACCUUCGGAGAUACCCAGUUACGAGAUGAUAUCGUGAAUGUCUAUAAUUUGUUAGCGAGGUUCAAUGUUACUGUUGGUCAGCUAUACAAGUACAUAGUGAAGUUCGCCCAAGAGAAGAAUGUUCUGACGUCACUGCAUCAGUACUUGGAGCACGUCGUUAAGGAUGCGAAGGAGCCCCCGCCUCGUGUGAAAGAUGAUGUUAUGGAGACUAGUAUAUCAGAGUCAAUACCGGUAACAUCAACAGCUAUAGAAAGCGAGCUCUCGAAUAACUCCCCUGACCUAUUCUCACAAGACGAGAUGGACCAAUCCUUGAUAGAAGUCACCAUGCAAUCGGAACAGACAGACAUACAAACAAUACCCGAUACAAACAAACAAAUGCCAGAAGCAAAGAAAGAAAUUGCAGAGACAAAGAAAAUUGAACCCAAUCCCCAGCCCAGAAAGUCGUUAUUCGAUGCAAUGUCAGAAAUGGAAAAUGGUGAUUUAAAGAAGGUUCAAGGUAAUGUUAGAAGGAAUUCGCUUUUGUGUGAUAGUAACUCUUCAAUGGAUCAUCAAACUUCUGAGCCACUUUCGGAAAAGAAAAAGAAGACUAAGAAAAUCACGGAUUUUUUCAGUAAGAAAUAAUUUUAUUUAUUUCUGUUCAUAAUGAUCCAAAUUGCUAAGUUAUAACGCGAUAGUGGCAACGUUAUGUAAUAUUUCCACUAUUUUCACAGUGUAAUGUUUUAUCCUAUUUUUAUUUAUUUAUGAACUGACCAGAUGAAAAAAAUAUAGGCACUAUUAUUACGAGAUAAUACAUAUUUCAUGUAAUUUGCAUUUAUUUAUAUCAAUAUAUGUUAAAACUAAUGUUACCCGUUUUUGCAGGACAUUAAGGGUUCCGUAAACUUAAUAUAUAUUUUUAUGUAGUUGAAAAUUCAAAUUAGUCAAAUUCUAUUCUAUGUCUUAAAUUGUUAUUGAAAUUCUAGAAUUUUGCAUAAUAUGGUGAAAAAUUAUCAAAAUGCAACUCACAUUGAGUCAAAACUUAGUUGGAAAUUUAACUUACCAAGUAUUGUAAUCGAUACUUGGUACAUCACUAUUAUUUAGAUAUGUGCCUAAUUGAAGCUCUAUUUUAAAACUCUAGUAUCUUUUUGAAAAAAUGAUUUUCAAAAAUGAUAUCAUAAUAUUAUUUUUGUAUAGUAGCAAAAUUAUUUACUGACACUGUACUAGCACUACACAUAUGCAACUGAUUAUAUUAUUAUUUAUUCAAUAUUUAUAUUUAAAAAUAUUCUGAGCGUUAUGAACUAUAUCAAUGUAUUUUUUCUAAAACAUUGUACCUGAUAUUUUCACUGUUAAUGUCUUAGGAAAACGAUAAAUAAAACACGUACCAUAAUAUAA